ACGGAAGUCGGCGACGAUGCGAGGGCGGUCCGAGUACACUAAGCCCGACGAUGAGGAAGCAUCGUUCCUCAACGAAGGCCAAACUCAACAAAUGGAGAUGCACAAGCAAGACGAAGAGCUCGGCCAGCUGCACGACGCAGUGAAGCGGUUGGGCGACAUGAGCAAGAACAUCAGCGCCGAGCUCGACACCCAGAACCACAUGCUGGACGAAGUCAAUGCGGACACGGACCGCGCUCAGGACAACUUGGACGUCAUUACGCAAAAGACGCGCGAGCUUGUCAAGCAAGCAGGUGGAAUGCAGAACUUUUGCAUCAUCAUCGCACUCAGUCUCGUACUGAUUAUCUUGACCUACUUGGUCAUUAUGACUUAAUAACUCUUUCUAUUCGCCCCCGAGUAAUGCUACGUGAGUUGGUUGAG